AUGCCACAGCCAUAUGUUUAUAUGCCAAAGUUUCCUGAUGAAGGACACUUUCCUUCUCACCUUAAAACCAUAUUUCUAGGUGGUUGUCGUUUGGAGGAGGAUACCAUGCCUAUUCUAGAGAAGCUGCUUCACUUGGAAGAGGUUUGUUUAUGGGAAGGAUCUUUUAGUGGGAGGAGAAUGGUUUUCUCUGCAGUUUCUAAGAUUCAAUGGGCUAGAGGAUUGAAGUGGAUAGUAGACGAAGGAUCUGUGCCACUUCUCCACACUUUCCAGAUUAGUUAUUGUGAAAAGUUAAAGGAGCUUUCUGAUGGACUACGAUAUCAUCACUUCCUUAAAGAAUCUGAAUUGUCAUGGUAUGAGCGAGGAAUGGAAGGAGCGAUUGUCGGAAGGAGGAGAAGAUUACAAAUUCCAACACAUCCUUUUGUUAAAUUCUACAGCUGA